ACUGUUGCAUCAUCUCAUCAUCUGUCAGUUUGUGUUUAUUUAUUUAUAAAUUUGCAAUAAUUAUUAUUUAUAUACUAUUAUUAUUUGUUAAUAGACAUGAUUAAUUGAAUUGUUCAAAGUCAAAGGAGAAUUUCAAGAAGAAGGGCUGAGAAAAUGUUCGGAUAGUGCCUCAAGGAAUAUAAAUGUAGAUGUUAAUUUGAAUAUAAUUGGCAGGUUUACAGCAAGUCUACAUCUAUAUCACUGCUACUUGCUCUUGCCGCUAUGUUCCUCGCUACGUUAAUUAUCUGAAGAUAAAUAAGUUCCAGUUAUCUAGUCAGUUCAUUAUGAUACUUACCAUUGUUUUCAACAAACUGAAAUCAUUCAUUAUCAUCCUAUUGAAUGUUUUUGGGAAAGCCUUGUGUUGCUUCAGAAAACGAAGACGAAACAGUUGUGAUUCCAUUCCUCUGACUCACGUCAUUUCCAAUGAACCAAAAAUUGAAUUGCAAAACUGGAAUGACUGGGGUGAUGGUUCUGUGAACCAAGAACCCAAAACUGUACAAGACCAUAUUGAGGUCUACAGACAACAAAAAGCUCUACUUACCCAACAAGUAGAAGACACACAUAAUCCUGAGGAAUCAGCAAACUUUUUUGAGGAUAUGAUGCCUCAUAUUACUAAACAAACUAAAGUGUUGAUUGGUAAUGACCAAGGUAACAUUGAUAAUGGUACAAGUAGACUGAACUUCAUUGAUGAUUGUGCUGAUACCAUACUAACUGCCGAGCUCAGAGAAUGGGAAGACAGUUCAGGGUGGGAAAAUGAACAUUUGGAUCAUUUGGCGCAAACAGCGUUGAGGGAAAAAAAGAAACAAGAUAGGGAAAGAAAAGCGUGGGAACAACAACAAAAACGAUUGGAGAAAGCAGCCAGAUCACUAGGGUCAAGAUUGAGUACAUAGUGCUUGUAUAUAUGUAUAUAUAUUGUAUGUUGACUGAAUUGUACCUAUAUGUGGUACUAUUUAUAAUACUAGUUUUUUAGCGAAUAUAAAGUGUCCAG